AUGAAUUUCGACCGCGAUGUGGACUUCAAGUCCCUCCGGCAGUCUCGCCGGCUGAAACGCUCCCAGGUUGCCUGCAUGUCCUGUCGUCGCCGCAAGGUCCGCUGCGAUUUUGCGAUCAAUGGCCCUCCAUGCACCAACUGCCGUCUCGACGGCUGUGCCUGCGUCACCAAACCCCGAGGGGGAACCAGAAUCGACCACACCGACGGUAGACAUUCGACCGUGACAAGUUCUUCUCCUCCGCCCCUCGCGGGCAACGAACAUGACACGCCGGACCAACAGAGUGGUGUUCAGCCAGCAUCCUCCCUUGAGCAGCAGAAGACGUGCAUGAUGAAGGCAAGGUCAGAUUGUGCAUGUAAGUGUACAUGUACCGCGACCAGCGAUGGCGGUGGCCAUGUUGCCCACUCGGCCGAAUCCACGCCAUACUCCGGUUCAGUCCGAGACAAAUCAAAAUUACCCUCUUGGAGCCACCUCCCCUUCUCGUACUAUCCAUUCCUCAAAGCGAAUAACCUGAGCCGUCUCCAGCCGCAGGAUGUGGCCUACCUCGAGUCGCAACGCAGUCUGCAUGUCCCUGCUGGGCCGUUCCUCGACAGUCUGGUCAAGCACUUCUUUCUAUACGUGCACCCGUGCUUCCCCGUUGUUGACGAGGCCGAAUUCUGGCGCAUGUACCGCGAUGAUGGCGAUGAGAGCCAUCAUCAGUUUUCGCUCCUUCUGUUUCAGGCCAUGCUGUUCACGGCCGCUAGCUUCAUCCCAUUCGACGUGGCGAAGAACGCCGGAUACGGAUCGAUCGUCGAACUUCGCAAGGCCCUUUAUCGGCGUGCCAAACUGCUGUACGAUUUUGGCGUCGAAAAGGAUCCACUGCGAAUCGCUCAGGCGACGUUGCUCCUGACAUACUACCUCUCCAACUCUGAACAGCUGACCAACUCUACCUGGUUGGCCGUCGCGAUUCAGCAAGCACGUGCUGUCAACGCCCAUCAGUACUACCGGCUGCCGGAGAAGGGUCGGUACAAAAGGUCGGACCUGAAACGGCUGUGGUGGUGCUGCAUCAUCCGAGAUCGUAUUAUCGCCUUGGGCGUGCGACGGUCUAUCCAGAUAACGCCAGACGAUUUUGACUUCAGCCAGGAGGGCCUCAACAUGGAUGACCUGGGCGACGAGAUCUACCACUCCGAGGUUUACGACCCCGACACGAAGACCGCACUGUGUAAGAUCCUUACCAGCCUGUGCCAGCUCGCCGCAGCGGUGACGACGCUGGUCAUGAUCGUCUAUCCCCCAUCAGGACUGCAGUACUCGAUCGACGAUGCACCGUCGGCAUUGGCGCGGUGUGACGACGCGAAGGCUCGUCUGCAGUUCUGGGAGAAGAACUGCAUGGUGCGGCUGCCCACACGAGAGGCAGACACGCAUUCGUCCGUGACGACCUACACACACCUCGUCUCACUUUAUUACCAAUCGGCUCGCCUGGCACUGUGCCAUCACGUCACCUUCCUCCUCAAGUGCCAGCAGAGCCGAAACGACCAGUCUGACGAUGACCACGGCCGACUCGAGGAGUGCCGGCCCGAGCUGAUGGAUGCCGUUGCCAGCGUUACCGACAAGGUGAAGUGCUUCAUCAUGACUGGGACAGCUAAGCAUCUGCCUAUCAGUGCAGUCGCCUACACCGUCCUGCCGCAAGCAUUCCUGCGACUGAACGUUCGUCUGUCUGGCACGUCGUCGGACCAGGCUCGUCAUGAGCGGUCGCUCCGCUUCUACUCGGAGAUCAGCCGGCUAUGCAAUCUGCGACAUGGAAUCUCUUUCCCAACGGACUGCAUGCAUCGGCUGCUGCGGGCGUUUGAGUCCUCACAAGGCGAGCUGCUUAUCCGUUCAUCACCGGGACCUGGAUCUAGGGCUGGAUCUUCCGGCGCCAAGACUGAGAUGACGAGUUACUCCGACAUAAUCUAUCGACAUCCAACCGUCUACCUCCGCCUGGCGGCGAUUCUGGACUAUGCCCUUUCGACGGGUGAGACAUUCACGGAGGAGUCGAUGCUACUUCAUUUUCCUAUCAUUCCCGGGAAGGAGUUUCCGCUGUUCCGAUCGCCACGUCCUCCAUCUUUUAUCGAGGCGAAAUCGUCGUCGACAGUGAAAUCUCCGGGCCUCAGGGCGUUGGAGAUGAAGAACGAUGGAAAUGGUUUCAGUCUGGACGCCCUCACGACGUCACGGACGUCGCCCGUUUUCUGGUUCGACAGUGACCAGGAGCAUUUCUCCACAGAGCACGAAGAAGAGGAGGAUGAUGAGGAGAGAAGUCGACGGAAGCGGCAGAAAAGAAUCGAAGACAUUCUGAUCCAGCUGCCUUUAUUUGGGGAGUAG